ACACAUAAUACUAACACCAAAUUUUAUCUUUAGCAACAACAUAUCCGUUGAAAUUUCAUUUGCACACACUGCAUUGUUCUGUGUCUCGUCUCGCUAUCCAUCUAACAACUCAGUCUCUCAAUGUUGCUUCAUCACUGCUCUUGUUCCCUGUUCAAUUCCCCAAAUCCAAAACCCGACCCACCAAUUUCAUCAUCCGGAGCUCCGCCUCCGACACCCAAACCCGAACUCUCCAACGGCUUCACCGACCAACCACCCGCCUCCACCUCCACCUCCACCUCUACUCCCUCCUCCGCUUCCGGGCACGGGAAUCGCGCGAAUGAGUUGGAGAAGCAGCGGAAGGAGAGAAGAAGAAAGAGGGGAAAGUGCCGACGCUAGCGGAGCUGAGAUAAUGAGGUUGACGACGCUAGGGUUUCAGAUGAAGGUUGGGAAGGCGGGGAUCACCGAAGGGAUCGUUAACGGGAUUCACGAGCGGUGGUGAGGAUUGUUUGUGAUGAUAUUUGCAGGAUUAACAUGAAAAGGACUCAUGACUUGUUGGAGAGAAAAACUGGAGGACUUGUUGUUUGGAGAUCGGGAAGUAAGAUAAUAUUGUACAGAGGGACUGAUUAUAAGUAUCCUUACUUCCUCUCAGAUACGGUUUCGAGAGAUGAGCACAUUGGUGAUGCUGAGCAACAUAUGGAUCGCAAUGAUGAAAAUUGUGAUGAAAGAGAGAGGCACUCAUCUGAAACAAACUCAGAAAUAUAUGCUGGCCAUAGUUCAAACUCCAAAACAUCAAAACCAGCUUUGAUACAAGGUGUUGGUACUCCAAAUAAAGUACGAUUUCAACUGCCAGGUGAGGCAGAGCUUGCAGAAGAUGCAGACAGCUUAUUAGUGGGGCUUGGGCCACGAUUUACUGAUUGGUGGGGGUAUGAACCUCUGCCUGUCGAUGCUGAUCUUCUACCUGCUGUUGUUCCUGGAUAUAGGCAGCCUUUUCGCCUACUUCCAUAUGGUGUGAAGCCUAAACUGACGGAUGAUGAAAUGACAACUUUGAGGAGACUUAGCAGACCUAUACCAUCCCAUUUCGCAUUAGGUAGAAACAAGAAACUUCAAGGAUUGGCUGCUGCAAUUAUUAAGCUUUGGGAAAGAUGUGAGAUUGUCAAGAUUGCUGUAAAGAGAGGUGUGCAGAAUACUAACAGUGAGAUGAUGGCUGAAGAGAUAAAGUCAUUGAAGCUUCAUGUUUUGAACCUAGAUAAAAACAUAAACGAAUUGAAACUUCAAAUGGUUAAAGAUGAGGAGGCUAAUAGUAAGCAGAUGCCUGAAACGUCGAGAUCUGACUUGGUUACAGACAAACAUGGAACUUGUACAAAUUCUACAAGUUGCAAUUCUCCAAAAGAAGCUUCUCUUGACAAUCAACCAGCAAUACAGGAGCAGCAGGUUGAGCUGAUUGAUGGUGGUGGAGCUCGUCCAGGUGAAUUAGGUUCCUGGGCUGGUUCGAUUCAUAAAGAAACACAGCCGGACGUAGUGAGUGAUUCUGUGGUGGAUGCUGGGCACUGUGUCUCUAAUGAAAAAGAAAUGGAAUCAUCAAUCACAUCAUCAAAAAGUGAUCCUGAACCACCAGCUUCAGUUAUAAGUAGGAGAUCGAAUGUUUUACCUUCCAGAUCUGUAUUUCUUUCCAACAGAGAGAGACUACUUCUUCGAAAGCAGGCCUUACAGAUGAAAAAGCGACCUGUCCUUGCCAUAGGAAAGAGCAAUACUGUGAGUGGUAUUGCCAAAGCAAUCAAGACUCACUUCCAGAAACACUCUCUUGCCAUAGUUAACGUCAAAGGAAGGGCAAAAGGGACCUCAGUUCAGGAAGUGGUAUUCAAGCUAGAGCAAGCAACAGGUGCUGUUCUAGUCUCUCAGGAGCCUAGCAAAGUAAUACUUUACAGAGGUUGGGGUGCAGGAGAGAAACCUGGCAAUGGGAAAAAAGUUAAUGAAAUGAUUAAAGAGGAAGAGGCAAAGCCCAUUGUGUCUCCUGAGCUGUUGGAAGCAAUCAGAGUAGAAUGUGGGUUGCAGUAACAAAUAGAACAUAGAGAGAAAAAUUGGUGCAAGUUGACGAUAGAUAUUAAAUUUUUUUAGGGUGUCAAACAUAUGAUUGUAGUGAGAAGGAGAACACCAAACAGUGUUUUCUUGGACUUCUUGUUACCGUCACUGACAAUGAUGUAUUGAUGCAAUGUUAAUGCAAUGUUCAUUACCACAGCACGUUGGAUGAAAUAA